AUGGCCGCGCUCAAGCCCGGUCGUCACUGUGCCUGUGCUACGAUCGACUCGAGCUUGUCAGUUCGACCAGGACGAGGAUCGACAGGGAGCAAGAUGCCGGGCAGGGUGGGAGCCCAGAAGCCGUCGGAGAAGGCCAGACUGCCCGCUAUUGCCACCGCAGAGGCCAGCCUGCAGUCACAGCCAAACAACCUCAAUCCUCUCUCUGAUCUCCUCGACUCGCUCCACUCGGCCACAUCCUCCCCUCAGAGCGCAGAGACGGCCCACGCAGCAGUCUACUCGCUCCACCGUAUCUUGUCUUCCCUCAUACGGAGGGGGAGACUCCACGGCAGGCUCCCGAGCGACCGAGAGGGAGCUGCGAGAACAGUCAGGGACUGGCUAAAAGCUCGCUACCAAGCCUUUGUGAGCUCGCUCGCUGCGAUGCUCCAUCACGACGACAAGGCCAUCAGACUCGCCUCGUUGAAUAUCCUCAUGGAUCUCCUGAGAACAGAGUCAGAGCAGCUCUCGUCUCUGCAAAGGCCGCCUGCCUAUCAAUUUGCGGCCGGCCUCUGGUCAAAGAUCAUGCAAGCUCUCUUGCUGCCUGUGCGGCCAGAAGGAUCGAGCAAACAUGUCACGAUCGCGCCAGACUUGCGUCUCGAGUUUCUCACUCGCUAUCUCAACUUUUACGAUGACAUUCGGCUCUACUUCUUGCGUGCGCUCAGCGAGCAAGCGCAGGCCACGCGCGACCAGCUUGACCCUGCACAACUCGACAAGUUCACCAGCACAGCGCUCGCAUUCCUUGAAGGCCUCAGCAGUAUGCCUACCGAAUCAUCCGAGCUCGACGCUUUCUGGACGUGUAAACCUCUCGCUCGUCCGGCUGUCGAAGCCACAGACAGCAAGAAGCGCAAGAGAGAUCAAGACAUCCCAGCUGGCGAGCAAGACGGCCAAGACGAAAGCACGGGUAUCUUUGACGAUCCGUCAGAUUCUGGCUCGGAUGAUCCUGCUGCUCGUCGGCUCAGUCGCAGAGCUCAAGCUCGCUUGCCUGAGCUACUCAGUCUGGUCCAGCACAAGAAAGCUUUUGCCCAAGCAUGGAUUGCUUUGUUGCCCCUUCUCCAUCUCGAAGACGACCUGAAGCGCGUGCUCGCCAUAUUGCAUCGCUCCGUCAUUCCUCACAUGAGCCGUCCGACGGCGCUCAUGGAUUUCCUCUCAGACGCAUGCGAUCGAGGUGGCACGACGGCUUUGCUCGCUCUCAACGGCCUCUUUACGCUCAUUGUCCACCAUAAUCUAGACUACCCAAGUUUUUAUAAGCGACUCUAUGCGCUCCUGGACAGACAGGUUCUGCACACUCGCUACCGGCCGCGCUUCUUCCGCAUGCUCGACACCUUCCUUGCAUCACCGCUGCUCCCUGCGCAAUUGGUCGCUUCUUUUGCAAAGCGAUUGGCUCGCCUCAGCGUAUCCGCGCCGCCCGCUGCGAUCAUCACCAUUCUGCCCUUUGUCUACAACCUGCUCAAGCGUCACCCAGCUUGCAUGGUCAUGGUUCAUCGUGAAGAUGACGUCGCAGGUGAUCCGUUCGAUAUGCAAGAGCCAGAUCCUCUCGAGACCAACGCGCUCGCUACCUCGCUAUGGGAGAUUGCUGCGCUACAGUCUCACUACCUCGCUAGCAUCUCCACGCUCGCAAAAAUCUUCAGCGAGCCUUUCGUGCGACCGGAGUACGAUCUCGAAGAUUUUCUCGAUCAUGCUUACGCUACCCUCUUUGCAACUGAGAUGGAACGCAAGAUCAAGCGACCGCCUGCGCUCAAUGACACAAGCAUAGCCACGGUCAAUGCGAGUCUAGUGCAGAUAUGGUCAUUUGAGUAG